CAUUUAGCCGACAAUUAUUUAAAAAUUGAACAUUUUCGUUGAUGAUUUUUGAUUUGAUUGUCUACAGUUUUCUAAUGCAUUUGUAUCUUCUUCACAGAUACGCCGAUCCCCACACUCACACACACACAGAUUCUGAUGCAUAUGUAGAUACAGAUACUGUAUACGAACAGAAUUCCAAAGAGCCUUUGAUGACGACGCCUCGCUGUGCAUAACGAUAUUUGUUAAAUACUUUGUGAUAGUCUUGUUUAUCGUUUUAAUUUAUUUGUUUAUACGCAAAAUAGUAUUGUAAGAUUUUAAGAGAAACCAAACAAAGUUGCAACCAAAUAGAAAGAAACCUGCAAAUGCAUUCCACAAGCACAACAACCAGAGUAUUCGACACAUUGAAAAUGCGCAUUUUGCUGCUGCUGCUGUUAUUCAGCUGUCUGGCUUUAAUUGAGGCAUGCUCCAGCCGCACCGUUCCGAAGCCGCGUCCAUCGGUCUCUUCGUCCAUGUCGGGCAUUGCAUUACCGCCAACACAGGCGCCGGCAACAACAACAACAAUGCGAACUACCACAACGACGACAACAGCCAGGCCAAAUAUCACAUUCCCCACAUACAAGUGUCCGGAGAACUUCGAUGCCUGGUACUGUCUGAACGACGCCCAUUGUUUUGCCGUAAAGAUAGGCGAGCUGCCCGUCUACAGCUGCGAAUGCGCCAUUGGCUUUAUGGGUCAGCGCUGCGAGUAUAAGGAAAUCGAUGGCUCCUAUCUGCCCAAACGUCCGCGUCCCAUGCUUGAGAAGGCGAGCAUCGCCAGCGGUGCAAUGUGCGCACUCGUCCUAAUGCUGUUCGUCUGCCUUGUAUUCUAUUUGCGCUUCGAGCAGCGUGCAGCCAAGGAGCGUGAACUUCAGGAGGACUACAAUGAGGAGGAGGAGGAAGGCAGCGAUGGCGAGCAUUGCGACUGCUGUCGCGAUCGAUGCUGCGCAGCUGGCGAUAAGCCGCUAGUCGUGGCACGUGGCAAGCUGCCCUAUCACAUGCGGCUGGAGCACGCCCUGAUGUCCUUUGCCAUCAGGCGCAGUACCAAGCUCUAAACUCAAACAGAAUUUCCAUAUAGAUAUAUUUAGACGAGUAUAUUUGAACUAUCAAAUGAUUUUGCCUUGCCCGUUAUGCAUGUCAUGUCGAAAAUGCGUACUACGAAUUUCUAUGUGCUUUAGUCGUAGUUUAAUGUUCCAUUAUACAUACUACAUAUAUUGUC